GCUGACGCAGUGACCUGGGGGAGGUUUUGUUCAGGCCUCUGUCGUCCUAGACGUUUGCAGGCAGGGGUGGCGAGAAGUAGUUCUGUAGGACUGUGUCCCUGGGAUUCACGGUCUAGAUUGGGCACAUGAGAGCUUCCCACCCGUUUUAAUGGUUUUCACACACUUUUGAAGCCGUGAUUCGGCUGUUUACUCCAUGUGUCCUGAAUUAAUGAGGGACAAGGACGAGGGCACAGAGAACUGAAAGGAUCACUUGUAGGCAUUGCUGGAUGGUUCCAGGUGCUGCCAGCGUCACGUCUUCCCCUCACACUAGUUUCAGUGUGGAAGUUGUUGCUUACUCCCCUUGGAAUGUAAGGAUUCCAAGAGGGGAGUGAGGCUGGCGGUCAUUGCUAGGUGGUAAUACUUGGUUUUGUUCACGCCAACUCAGGGCGUUUACCCUAAUGAAUGGGGUUUUCCAGGGCAUAUAAAAGUGGCCCCAUUUAAUGGCUUUGGUACUGGCGGUGGUGACACAGGAGUGGCCCAGAACUGUGAGUGGGAGGGAGAAAAUGGACGUGGCGUGAGCUCUCCGGCAGGGUCAGCAGUUCAGACACAGAGGAGGAAUUUUUUUCCCCCAGCCCUGAUGAGCUGGCAUGCAGAGCUGAACAGUCUGGUCUGUGUACUCGCCUUUGGUAAAAAGUGCAACUUAGAUGUAUCUUUGACUUUAGCUGGAAGUCAAAAGUCAAAUUAAAUUUGGCUGCAAAGAACAUAACGUUAAUGAGACUAUAUCACAGAGAGCUUGGGAUUUGUCGUAUGUAAUGACCAGAGACUCAAGAAAAGUACCAGGUGUAGCACAUGGUCCUGCUCAAUAGAGUUUUAUGGAAGUACGUAGCAUUCCAGUUUACAUGCUUGGUGAUAGGUGCAUGAAAAUGUGACUUACGUGCAGUGCCCCCUCAGCAUCCAGGGGCUCGGACUUUCAGAAUCUCCAAGGUCUGCAGUCUGGUUGAAAGAUGUCGGCGCUCACUGCCGUGUUUAAGUAUGUGGAUGAGAAUCAGGACCGCUACAUUAAGAAGCUUGCGGACUGGGUGGCCAUCCAGAGCGUGUCUGCCUGGCCCGAGAAGAGGGGGGAGGUCCGGAGGAUGAUGGACGUGGCCGCCGCCGACCUCAGGCAGCUGGGCGGCUCCGUGGAGCUGGUGGACAUCGGGAACCAGAAGCUCCCCGAUGGCUCGGAGAUACCGCUUCCUCCCAUUUUACUGGGCAAACUGGGCUCCGACCCGCAGAAGAAAACGGUGUGUAUAUAUGGACACCUGGAUGUGCAGCCAGCAGCCCUGGAGGAUGGCUGGGACAGCGAGCCCUUCACCUUGGUGGAACGAGAUGGCAAACUGUAUGGGAGAGGAGCAACGGACGACAAGGGGCCAGUGGCCGGCUGGAUGAACGCCCUGGAGGCCUUUCAGAAAACGGGACAGGAAGUUCCCGUCAACAUCCGUUUCUGCCUGGAAGGCAUGGAGGAGUCUGGCUCCGAAGGCCUGGACGCGCUGAUCUUCGCCCAGAAGGACACGUUCUUCUGCGACGUGGACUACGUCUGCAUCUCCGACAACUACUGGCUGGGCAAGAGCAAGCCCUGCAUCACCUACGGGCUCCGGGGCAUCUGCUACUUCUUCAUUGAGGUGGAAUGUAGCGACAGGGACCUGCACUCCGGCGUGUAUGGCGGCUCUGUACACGAGGCCAUGACCGACCUCAUCACGCUGAUGGGCUCCCUGGUGGACAGGAAGGGGAAGAUCCUCAUCCCCGGCAUCAAUGAGGCAGUGGCCCCUGUGACAGAGGAGGAGCUGCAGCUCUACGACCAGAUCGACUUCGACCUGGAGGAGUAUGCCCGGGACGUGGGGGCAGAGACCCUGUUGCACGACUGCAAGAAAGAAAUCCUGAUGCACCGAUGGCGGUACCCGUCCCUGUCCCUCCACGGGAUCGAAGGUGCCUUCUCUGGGUCGGGGGCCAAGACUGUGAUUCCUCGGAAAGUGGUCGGCAAGUUCUCCAUCAGGCUGGUUCCUAACAUGACUCCGGAAGUGGUCAGCGAGCAGGUUACGAGCUACUUGACUAAGAAGUUUGCGGAACUACACAGCCCCAACAAGUUCAAGGUGUACAUGGGCCACGGAGGGAAGCCUUGGGUGUCCGACUUCAACCACCCCCAUUACUUGGCCGGGAGAAGAGCCCUGAAAACAGUUUUCGGUGUUGAGCCGGACUUGACCAGGGAAGGCGGCAGUAUUCCUGUGACUCUGACAUUCCAGGAGGCCACGGGCAAGAACGUCAUGCUGUUGCCCGUGGGAUCAGCUGACGACGGAGCCCACUCCCAGAAUGAAAAGCUCAACAGGCACAACUACAUCGAAGGAACCAAGAUGCUGGCCGCUUACCUGUACGAAGUGUCUCAGCUGAAGAACUGAGCCCCAGCCUCCGCCCUCCACCCUCGUUGUCUUCCGAUGGCUCAGGAGAGUGGAAGCCUGUCCUCUCCUCCUCUUGUCCAGUUCUGCAGACUUCAGGAUGUCUCGGUGGAGUGACCUGUACCGGGCAGUGACAGACGUUUAGUUCUGGGGGCUUGGGAACGACCCCGGGUGACAGCUGCAUUCUCACAGAUGCUCAGCACGACUUGGUCUCCGGAAGAUAGGCGAGGCCUCCAAGCACACGUUCUUCUGUAGGAAGUGCCACUUGGGGUAAAGAGCCCCUGGUGCUUUCUGCCCCGAGUCAGGGUCGUGCGCACGUGGAACAUGCAGUCACGGUGCCCAAGGCCUGGACGGCCACCUGCUCUGUCCCUCGCUGUCUCGUGCGCGCUCUGUCGUCCUCUCCAGACUGUGAGCACUGCUGCUAUCCUUAUCUCCUCCUGAUCUCCGCCCCUCGAAACCUGAACCUGACUGGGAGGGUCAUUUGGUCUCAAUCGUGUUGCUCAAUAAAAAGGAAAAACAGCC